GACGCAUGCGUAUUUCACUGUUCAAUGUCACCGCGACCACUGAACAUGGCUGCGGUGGGUUUCAGAAAUUGGGCUCGAGCUCUUUCCAAUGGGAAACGGCAAGGCUUCUCGGCGCUUCUCUCCCAAGUCAGAGCAGCCUCUGGACCUUCCAAGGGCAUGCUGCCAGGUCCAUACCCCAAGACUCCCGAGGAGAGGGCAGCAGCAGCAAAGAAGUACAACAUGAGGGUGGAGGAUUAUGAACCAAUCCCCGAUAAUGGCGAGGGGUAUGGAGACUAUCCAAAAUUGCCAGACAGAUCCCAGCAUGAGAGAGACCCCUGGUAUUCCUGGGACCACCCUGACCUGAGGAGGAACUGGGGAGAGCCGAUCCACUGGGAUUUUGACAUGUUCAUCAGGAAUCGCGUGGACACGUCGCCCAGCCCUGUUGACUGGCACACGAUGUGCAAACAUCUGUUUGGUUUCGUUGGAUUCAUGCUGCUGAUGUUCUACCUUGGGGAGAAGUUUCCAUCUUACCAGCCUGUGGCACCGAAACAAUACCCUUACAGCAGCCUGCACUUAGAGAGAGGAGGGGAUCCAGAGAAACAACCUGAAGAAGUCAAACAUUUUAACAUUUAAAUAUCUGCUUCUCUAAAUGUGUAUAUUUCUGUCUGUAAUAAAUCAUUAUUAGUGUGACUUCCUCAGUCACACUCCCAAUC